AUGGACCUGGAGAAGUUUUACCGAGAAGAUCAUGCCUUCUACAAGGUCAUAAUUGGCGAUUUCAACGCCAAAGUUGGCCCAAGAAGAACGUCGGAGGAACUUCACAUCGGGACCCACGGCCUACAAUGGAACGACCAGGGGGAGAGGCUCUCCGAGUUCAUCAUGACGACUACGACCAUCUAUGGGAACUCGCAAUUCCAGAAGCUCUCCUCUCUACGCUGGGCGCGGAAGUCACCCGGUGGAGGGUACCGUAAUAAAAUAGACCACAUCAUCGUCAAUAAAAGGUUCUGCCUAACAGAUUUCGCUGUUGUGCCAAAGUUCUAUACGGGAUCGGACCACCGCCUCCUCCGAGGAAGUUUUUCCUUCACAAGGAGAGCAGAGAAAGCCGCCAAGUUCAGAGAGGGAAAUCCCAGGACUAUCAUCAACUGA